UAAAAAAUGCUAAUAAUCAAAAGCUAGGGGAGGUAGUUGGGAUAUAUAUACGAAGGCCCCCUUUUGAGGUACAUCAUUUCUUUCUCAAAGAUGGCUGAGGGACUUAACCUUCAAAAGCUAAUGAAGACUACACCUUCAAAAGCUUUGGUUAUCAGAAUCAAUUUGGUUUUCCUUGCUUUCUUUCUUGUUUUCUAUGCAUCCCUUCUUCUCUCGCCAUCUUCUUCAGUCUAUUUUGAGAAUGCAGCAUCUCUCGUUAAGUGCUCAUUGAGAGAGUGCCAUCACAAGGCAGAAAAUGGGAGUGGGGUGAAGGCAAUCGUGGAAGAGACGAAAGCCAAUGCUCGAAGAAAUAUGACCAAGGUUGAGGUACCGAGCUUCAUGAAUGGGAUGGGAAAGGGAAAGAAGAUCGGCAUGGUAAAUAUGGAUGAAGAUGAUGUUACCGGCUGGAAAGCUCAUGGAGAGACUAUACCUAUCGGUUUUGAAAGGGUGUCUGAGUUUUUCAAGUGGCCGGACUUGUUUCCUGAAUGGAUUGACGAGGAGGAAGAAACAGAUGUUCCAUCCUGUCCAGAAAUACCAAUGCCAGAUUUCGAAGUCUAUGACAGCCUGGACAUGAUAGUGGCAAAACUACCAUGCAAGUAUCCUGAAGAAGGAUGGAAUAGAGAGGUGUUUAGGCUCCAAGUUCACCUCUUAGCAGCGAAUUUGGCUGUGAAAAAGGGUAGGAGGGAUUGGAAUUGGAGGACCAAGGUGGUGUUUUGGAGCAAAUGCAGACCAAUGUUGGAGUUGUUUAGGUGCGAUGAUUUGGUAAAACAGGAAGGUGAUUGGUGGUUCUAUGAGCCGGAGAUGACAAAGUUGGAACAGAAGGUCUCGUUGCCUAUUGGGUCUUGCAAACUGGCUUUGCCUCUGUGGACACAAGGUAUUAACGAAGUCUACGAUCUCUCCAAGAUUCAAAGGACAACAAGAACUACCAAACGAGAGGCCUAUGCCACGGUACUCCAUUCCUCAGAAGCCUACGUCUGUGGUGUCAUAGCCCUUGCCCAAAGCCUUCUCCAAACGGGGACCAAGCGUGACCUUGUUCUUCUCCUAGAUAAUUCCAUCUCUGAACCCAAACGUCAUGCUCUUGCAGCAGCCGGGUGGAAGAUCCGACUCAUCAAAAGAAUCCGAAACCCUAGAGCUGAAAAAUACUCGUACAAUGAGUACAACUAUAGCAAGUUUAGGCUGUGGCAGCUCACUGAUUAUGACAAGAUCGUCUUCAUAGAUGCGGACAUCAUAGUUUUGCGUAACCUUGAUAUCCUUUUUCACUUCCCUCAAAUGUCAGCUACGGGGAACGAUGUAUGGAUUUUUAAUUCUGGUAUCAUGGUCAUUGAGCCAUCAAAUUGCACAUUCAAAAUAUUAAUGGACCGACGCAAGGAGAUUAUUUCCUACAAUGGAGGUGAUCAAGGGUUCCUUAAUGAAGUUUUUGUGUGGUGGCAUAGAUUACCAAGAAGAGUGAACUUCUUGAAAAACUUCUGGGCUAACACUACCAAUGAGGCUAGUGUCAAGAACGAGCUCUUUGGGGCAGACCCACCAAAAGUUUAUUCCAUACAUUAUCUGGGGUUAAAGCCUUGGCUUUGUUACAGAGACUAUGAUUGUAACUGGAAUAUAGGAGAUCAACGUGUUUAUGCAAGUGAUGUAGCACAUCAGAGGUGGUGGAAAUUUCACGAUGCCAUGGAUGAGAAGUUGCAAAAGUUUUGUGGGUUAACAAAGAAGAGAAAAAUUGAGUUGGACUGGGAUAGAAAAAUGGCUAGAAAGAGUCAGUUCAGUGAUGAGCAUUGGAAAAUAAAUGUUACUGAUCCUAGAAGGGUUCAUUUGAUAUAAGAAUUUGUAGCAAGAUUUCUCUCUUUUCUUAUAGUAAUUUCUUCUCUUCUUUUUUUCUUCAUAUUUUUGUAUUUUAUAGAGACAUAUAUAUGGGAUUUUCCCCCAUAUAAUUUAUGUGUGAAUAGGAAUUUACAAGGGAAUGGAUAAGACCUUUUAAUUA